AUGAAUGAACAUUUUAUCACAGCUGUUUACACAAAGUCCGUAAUGAGAUGUGUUAGCGAAUGUAAUCAACAUGAUCUAUGUCGUACCUGUGAUUAUGAUCAAAUAAGUCAGUCAUGUCGAUUAUUUGAAGCCUUAUUUGCUACUGGUUCAACAAUACCGGCCACACCUUUCUCUUCUGUGAUGAUCCUAAAAUAUUGUCCAUCUAAUCAGCUUGAACCAGAUUAUAUGUGUACACCAAAACGCUUAACGAAUCCUUACACUGUCCAAUAUGCCUUUCAAAAAUUACUAAAUGUUAGUAAUUCAAAAUCUCUACCUUAUUCUGAUAAAACCGUUUUGAUGACUGCUCAAGGUUUUUUCACAAGUUCAAGUACUCCACAUAUCCGCUUCUAUAAUUAUGAUGGUAAUCUAGUAUCAUUGUUCAAUUAUUCAAAGCCGGUACUAGGUUUGACAAGUAUCAGUUGGGUUUCAUCAAAUUCGAUUAUCGUUGGGCCAUAUCAACUACCAGAAUUUCAAAUUCUUCAAGUAGAUUUUGCUAAUUCUAUACUUAAUUUACAAUUAAACGUUGCGACACUGCCACCAUCAUACAAUUAUCAACCGUAUUUUGUUUAUUACGAUACGAGUUUUAUCUAUGUUACUUAUCGAAUGAACGCUUAUCCAAUGAGCAUUCAUCAGCCAAAUGGAACACUGUUUUCGACUGCAGAUAGUCAAAGUCAAGGAUAUUAUGUCGCAUUCGCAAAAUGGAAUUCAACACUUUAUCUAGGUAAUUAA